AUGUGUGAGCCGAAUCAUCUUCCUGCAAUGCGCCUUAUUAUUAAUUGUAAUUUACUUACAGAUUUCUCAAGCGAGAAAACACCGUCACACAUGACUGCGAAGAAACUCUCCAUUGCAAACAGAAGCAAUCUCUACGACUACAGUAUUCCCAAUGGGACUACAGUACUUUCAAUGUCUCGACAGACACAUGCAUACACGGGCAAAAGAUAUUUUUGUCGAGAAAUUGAAGUGUUGGUGGGAAUGUCGUUGCUGGAUACUGUGGAACUGCAGGGUAUCCGCAGUGUCGGAGUGGGACCCCAGAAUGCUAAUGUUAUCGAAUUCCUCUCACCACUAACUAUUAUUUGUGGAACGAAUGGUGCUGGAAAGACAACAAUCAUUGAAGCACUUAAAUAUGUCACAACUGGCGAGUUACCGAAAGGAAGCUUCCAAACAUUUAUCCAUGAUAUGCGACUAGCUGAUAGAUCUCGAGUGGAUGCAUCAGUGAAGCUCAAAUUCAGAGAUGUCAGGGGGAGAUCUUGUGUUGUGACCCGUCGUAUAAUGCAGUCUAAAGGUGCUAAGGUGAAACAUUCAACUUCAGAGGGUAAAAUAACAAAUAAAUCAGAAGAGAGUACAAUUGCAAUUGAGAAAGAGCCCGGUGAAUGGAAAAGCUUAUCGUCAAAAGUUGUCGACUGUAGGAAAGAGAUUUUAAACCUUCUUGGCUUACCUACAGCAAUUUUGGAAUAUGUGGUUUUCUGUCAUCAGGAAGAAUCGUCGUGGCCGCUUGACGAGCCGAAAAAACUGAAAGAACGCUUUGACGAGAUUUUUCAAGUGACUGGUUAUGUGAAAGCAAUGGAAAUCCUGAGAAAGGAAUUGAAAGAAAAUCAGCAAGAAUUGAGGAUCAUAGAAGGUAGGCUACCACUUCUCAUCAGACAACAAGAAGAAAAGAUCGAACUGCAUAAUGAAUACAUCAAUCUGAAGGGACAGGUAGCAGAAAAUGAAAAAGAAAUUUUGUUGAAGCAAACAGUACUCAAGGAAGAUACCGCUAAAAAAAAUCUGAAAAUUGCAGAACUUGAUGAAGCAGAAAUGUUAAAAAAGAAGCGCGAUAUGAUGGAAGCAGAAAAGCAAGUACUUCUUGAUCAAAUUGAAUGCUGUUUGGCAUUGGAUUACGAAGGAGGAAUCGAAAAUUUAAAACGUGAAAUUGAGUUGAUAAACCAUUCUGAUGAGUUUGAAGAUAUGGAACGAAAUCGUAAGCGUAUUAAUGCUGAAAUUGAUGAACUUAGUGCUGAAAUCAAAGAGUAUGUAGCAAAGAAAAAGGAGAUCGACAAAAUGCGUUGUAAAAUGAUCGCAGAAAGAGAGCAGUGUUUGGAGACAUACUGCUUACGAUUCAAUUUAAGGAAUGAACAAACAGGGAUUCUAAAGCAGCUACAUCACUUGAUUGAAAAACGGAAAGAAGAAAUCAGUAAUUUUAAGAAUAGAAUGGAAGAAAAGCAAACGAACUGCCAGAAAGAAGUUGAUGACAUUUCGGGGACUUUAGCUCAGGUUUCAGCAAAAAUAGAAUUGAGGAAUGAGGAGUGUAAACGACUGGAAAAAGAUAUUGCUGCAGCAAAAUGUAACUUAAUGGAAGCAGCUAAUUCAUCCGAUAAGCUUGAUCGUUUGCAAGAAGAAAUAUUAAAACAAGAAAAUGAACUAGAUGUAAUGCGGGAAAAAGAAUUGGAAAAUAAUGUUGAUGACUUAAAAAACGAAAGAGAUGGAAUUGCAAACAGAAUAGAAUUGCUCAAGAAAGAAUACUGUAUGAGAGAAAAUGCUGAAGGCAUCGAAAAUAAAAUUAAACAAAGAAGUGUUGAAUUAGUGAAAUUCGAGAAAGAACUCAACAUACUAAAGGAAAAGCAUCAGAUUGCGUUAUUGGAAAUAUUCAGCACCAAGGAACCUGAAUUCCCAUUGAGUGAACGGCUCACCAUCUAUGCUCGAAAAGCAGAACAAAGUUUGUCAACAGCUGAAGAUGAAUUCAAAAUUUGUGAGAAAGAGGUGUCUCGAGCUCAGUUUGCUAUAUCACAGAUUGAUCGAGAAAUGGACUAUCUGUCUGAUCAGAUUGGAUCCUAUAGGCGGAAAAUAACGCAGGUUAUUGUCACUCAUGAAAAUGAAGUGGAAACGCGCUUAGAUGAAAUUAGAACACUUCUUAGGAAAUCGCAACAAGAUUCAGGGCGCAUCGAUGGCUGUAUGUUCUUAUAUGAGCAGUGGGAGGAAGAAGUUGUCAUGAGAAAAUGUUGCCCACUUUGCGAACAUUCAUAUAGCAGUACAGAGGGUCCUGUUGUUCUUAAAGAAAAGAUAAAGCAGAGGAAAAAAGAUCUCGCUAAAGAUGCCGAAAAAUUGAUUCGUAAAGUGAAGGAUUAUGAAGCAGUGCAGAAUGAACUUCUGGAAAUUGUGCCUUAUGUUGAAAUGUUGAAACAAUCAAAUAGCGAGAAAGAAAAAUUGCAGGGGAAUUUAAAAAAAGCAGAAGAAAAAUUGCAUAAUGUGGAAGCAGAGUUUGCGAAGUCGAAAUCUGAAAGAGAUAUCAUUUUACAAAAGUUGGAUGUGAUUCGUGAUGUUCAGGGUGAUGCUUCUCUGAUGGAUAACAUUUGGAAGUCACUGUCGGAUGCAAAACACGAUAUGACAUUACUAAAAACAGAAGUUGGCACUGCGGAAUGUAAGGAACGGUCACUGAGUGCUAUACGAAUCGAAAUAAGACAGAACGAAGACCGGUUCAAAGAACUGAUUAAUAAACUCGACUUGAUCCAAGUAUCAGCUUCUGAAAGGAACAAACUUAUUGAAAAGUUAAAUGAAUCAAAAGAGCUUCGCACUGCUUUGUGUAAAAAAGGAGUGCAGAUUGAUUCAAUAAAAAAAUUGUUAGACGUUAAAGAGAAAGAACUGGAAGAAAGUGAGCAAGGUUUGCAGAAGCUGAAGGCACAAAAACCGAUUGUUGAGGCGGAAUUGCAGAUGAAGAAAGAGGAGCGGUUUGCUAAACAAAAUGACGCGAAAAAUAAGGAAGCAGAACUGUUAUGCUCAUUGCGAGAUGCAGAAGAUGCUGCAAGAGAAUUAGAAGUGAUGAAUAAAAAACUACAAGAUAUUACCGACAGUUCUGAAGAUUUAAAGGAUCAAGAACAGGAUUUAUUGAAAAUAGAUACUGUAAUUAGUGUAAGCAAUGCCAAAAUGCGCGACUUGGUCGAACAGAUUGACUGCUUAAAAUUAAAACAAGAGCGUAAACAUCGGCUGGAUGACCAACUUCGAAAGUUGGAAUUACGGGAACGAAUCAAAAGUUUAAAUGAGAGCUUGAAAGAAGCAGAAUGGCAUGGUACAGCAAUCCCAGAGCUGAGGAAAGAACUGAGUUCACUUUCAAGCCAAGUCAAUGAUUUACAAUUGAUGAUCGAGAAUAAAAGAGGUGCUAAAUUAUUGGUAUAG